AAACGCCACUGACACGCUUUGUCUCGUCAAGGAAAGUGGAGGAUUCAGGAUUCAGUAUAGUUUGCAUUCUUAUGAUGACCACGACCAAGGUAUGUGGAAUUGACUCUUAGGAGCAGGGCAGUGUAAUUAAGUUUGUAAAGCAAGUUUAGCUGGAGCUUUGAUGCAGCCUGAGGGGCGGGGGGACCACGGAGAGAUUUUCAAUGAGGUUGGACUAAUAUUUCCUAUGCACUUGGUGGAGGGCAAUCACGCAGGAUCAAGAAAAUAUCUUUCACAAAGGUGCUGAUAUACUGAUCGAGAAAAACUUGUACAUGAAGAAAAAAUUACCUUCUGCUGUUAUUACAAAGGAGAGAAUAACAGUUUCUAAUUACAUCGUGGUUUCACGCUCUGUUCUUUUCGCAUCAGCUGAAGCCGGUUAAAUGAUCGAACAUCGUGGAAGGAUUUCAUUGGCUGCUAUUCUUGAUACAUCNAAGGUAUGUGGAAUUGACUCUUAGGAGCAGGGCAGUGUAAUUAAGUUUGUAAAGCAAGUUUAGCUGGAGCUUUGAUGCAGCCUGAGGGGCGGGGGGACCACGGAGAGAUUUUCAAUGAGGUUGGACUAAUAUUUCCUAUGCACUUGGUGGAGGGCAAUCACGCAGGAUCAAGAAAAUAUCUUUCACAAAGGUGCUGAUAUACUGAUCGAGAAAAACUUGUACAUGAAGAAAAAAUUACCUUCUGCUGUUAUUACAAAGGAGAGAAUAACAGUUUCUAAUUACAUCGUGGUUUCACGCUCUGUUCUUUUCGCAUCAGCUGAAGCCGGUUAAAUGAUCGAACAUCGUGGAAGGAUUUCAUUGGCUGCUAUUCUUGAUACAUCCGCGUGUUACUCGGCCGUUGGCAAAACAAAAAGGAUAAUUCGAUCACAUUUUCAGCAUUCUGCAGCCUCAAUUUACCCUUAGUAACUGAGAACAAAAAUGAGACAAGGCGAAUUUUUUGUUUUUCUUUGCCAAUUUAAGUCUUUCUUUUCCCUGAUUUUCGAGUUGAACGAUCCGCUCUCGAGAUUACGUCACUGACACACGUCUCAUCGACCGGAAGGUCACUAGUAUUAGCAUUUUGAUACAACUGAUGUAAACAAACCCAGUGACAAAAGCAAAUUAGAAAUAUGGUAAAGAAGCAGUCUGCCCGUAUCUACGGCUACGGGUACGGGCUGUAAUUAUGCCGCCGUUUUUUUUCCACUGUUAUUUGCUGAACUGAACUUGUAAAAUAGUCCAUUUCUCUGUGAAUUACAUUUACCUUGUCGAUUAUUUCGGGGAUUUAUUUUUCGCGAUUUCCGAUAGGAAAAAAGGGCCGCAUUAAAUUUUCGCGAUUCAAGUGUUCCUCGCCCUGAGAGACCUCUGCUAGUAAUAGGGAAAAGUGUUCUCAACUUCAUUUUAUUUUUUAAAAUAAUGAACUUUUUAAAAUUUUCUGGAUAAACCAGAACGAGCAUAUGAAGACGAAAGCUACUUUUUCUACUCCGUUUUGUGAGGGAUCGAGGAUUGCGAUGCCAGGAUUUUUUCAGUGAAAUGUCACUGGUCUGAAAUAUACAUCUAUAUUCCGCAAAAAAGCAACAAGUCGUUUUUACCUAUCAAAGCUAUCUUCAAAUCCACGAAGCAGUUGACAGUGCGAAAUUACUGAAAUAACUUACUUGUAUCAAAAUUUCUGUUCACUUGCAGAUAGCUAUGGGAAGAACCAGUCAAGAGAGAUAAAUGACGAACCAAGUUCCGCAAUGGCAACUAUUGAUCAUUCUGUUAGGCGUAUUAUUAUUGUGUCUUGUAAGUUCAAUCUAUUAGUGAUGAUGUUUCGCUAAGGUCAGCUUUAGUAUUAUAAUAAUCUUUGAAUUUUUCGUCUCUGGACCUUCAAUAUAUAUGUGUUGCAGUUCAAUUUUAUCACUUGGUAUAAAUUUUAUUCUCCUUUGUUUUGGGAUUGGUAAUGUAUGAUAAUAAGCUUGAAAUAAUAAGGAAAAUAAAAUUUAGACCAAGGACCAAAUUGAACCACAACAUAAUUAGGUAUUUUUAUUUUGGCAUCGGGGACAGCUAUGAUUUUGGAUAAAUCGAAAUUGACAUCGAUUGAUCAAUUACGCGAUUAUUGUUCGUUCUGAAGUUCCAAACUCGACGCCUCCCAAAUCGCGUACAAGAGCAAGUAAAUUAUGACAUGACAAUUAUCGCGUUAAAUGUAAUUAUGUGUAGGGGGCCCAGUGAAAUUUAUUAGAAAGCAACCCUCGACCAGACUAGACUAGCCCUUUUUCUUGCCUCGCACUGCUGUCAGAUCAGGUUGGCACAUGCAUGUUACACCAAAACAACCGGGGAGGCGAUUUAGUUUAGUCAACAGGCAACUUAUCCGAUUCCGGCAUUCUUUUUUGUGACUCAGGUGUAGAAAAGGAACUAUGCAUUAUUAUGCAGAUGAUUGUUUUCAUUCAAAAUAUUCCCAAACCACAUUACAAAGCUUCCGCCCAUUUUCAGGAUUCAAACGUUUUUAAAUAUAUACUUGCAUCACCUUUACGUAAACUAAAGAUAAGCAGAGUAUUUUGGCUUGAGUCUCUAAUAUUCGGCUUGCUAGUGGUAGGGUAAGUAGAGGGUGGCAGGAGUUAAAGAAGAACAAAAGAAGCGAAGACAAAGAUGUAAAAGAAGUCUAUUGGUGCCUUCUCGCUUAGCAAACGAGUUGCUCGAACAACCCCGACAUAUUUUGGUGGAGAACUUGGGCAACGAACCCGGAUAACCUCUUCCAUAGGUGGCUUAAGGUAACCGUCAUCACUUUUUUAGUUUAAUGAUUGAUGAUCUCUAGUUUCUUUUUCCAGGGCCAGCUCUACGGCUUCACUUCUGUGCAGAAGGAAAUACCGAGACAGGAACUGGGGAUGGAAAAACUAAUGGAGAACGAUUAUAUUUGUGGGAAUGACACCGAGCAAGGUUUAUCCAGGUACCGUCUGGCUACUUUACUUCGAAAUGAUUCUGAAAAGGAAACUUUGACAAUAAGGAAAAAGAGGAUUUCCAAAAAACUGAAAAAAAGAAAAAAAGUACCUGAACAGGACAAACCUUCAGCCAAUGAAAGUGGAACAAGAAACGCUGUGAAAAACAUGAUCGAAAUACCGAGUAAAGAAUUAAUUGCAUUGGAUCCUCAUGCUGAUACGCAAGUGUAUUUGUUUGAUAGCAAAGAACACACCGAUCCUAAUAUAUCAGGCCUUAAAAAGGCAAAUUCCAUUCCAGACGCUAAAAGAAAGACUGCCACUUACGUUCAUCAUUGCAACUCUGCUAUCAAAAGGAGAACAAAGGCCUCCUUCAAAGUGCCACCUCGUGAUGCAUCGUCACCGGAAUCAAGACCUGACCCAACAGAAGAAAAUGACGUAAUCUAUCACUGGACAAAAGAGCAGUUGCUUCCUCUUGUUUAUGUAACUUUUGCAAUGGGAAUUAUAUUUGGGUGUACCCUAAGGCCUCAUCUUUUAUCUCUCGUGUACUCCAUUGGUAAUUAUUUCAUCCUGCAAAGAAGAAAAAAACUCAGGUGCCACAGAGUGAGCAUAAAAUUUGAGGUCAACUCGAGUAAGUAGCAGCUCAGUUGGGAGGUAAUCAAGUAACAACUGGUUAUUAUAUGAGAAGUGCUUCAAGGGAAGUUUAAAAUAAUUAUAUUAUUACACAAACAGAAAUUCUGAUAAACAAUGAUUUGGUCAAACAGAAAAAAGUUGAUAAGAGCGUAAAAAGUCGACGUUUCGGCGUCAUCUUAACGCCAUUAUCAGGACUAACUGUAAAUAACAUUAUGCGAAGAAUGUAGCUUCGAGCCUCGCAUAAUUAGCAUAAUGCGAAAAGAAAUUGUUAUUGCUAUUUUAUCGCUAAUUUUAUUUAUUAAUUUCUGUUACGGCACACCUGUAAAGUAGCUGGUGCAGGUUUUUCGACUUUAAAAACGGUGCUGGGUGUUGUACCAUGCACCCACGGUCAAGUGAAUAAUGACUUCCGAUUGGAUAAAAUCACCCGGGAGUUACGUCACUUGCUGCAACACAGGUACCGUAAACCAUAUAGUUAGGUCCCAUUUACUCGUAUUCGGAUAGUUUUUAAUCCGCAACUUUUUCUUUCCUGAUACGGUUUCUGUCAACACGUAUUCGGCGAAUCCAGCGUACGAAUCCGCAAUUUUUGGAAUCCGCUCUCCAGAGUGGAAAUUUUUGAAUACGCUAUGAAUCCGGAAUCGUGUGGACGCCAAUUAAUCCGGGGACGUAAAAAUAUCGAGCCCAGUUCUUUACCGUGAAUACUGUAUUCAAGAUGGCAACUUCGUUCCCAGUUUCUUUCAAGGCAAAGGCGAGAUGCACAUUUCGCGCGCAAAACGACGCAUGCUCUGUUGACAAUAUUCCCAGAGAAGUCCCGGGUACUAGAGUGAAUCCGGAUACGUGUCGGAUACGUGUGGACGGGCAAAUUCGAUUUGAAUCCGGAUACGUGUGAACGUCGAAAUUGUUUAAUCCGUAAAGAAAAAGUUGCGGAUUAAAAAAUACCCGGAUACGCGUGGACGGGGCCCUAGAGUCCGUUUCAACGUUAUAUAAAGUAUUUAAUUGUAUCGUACUGUAUUUUUAUCAUUAAAUACUAAUGAGCCAUUUUGACUCGUCCUGAUAUCGACGCUUAACUUUUCAAUCUUUCAGAUCUCAACCUGGCUGAUCUACCUUUUCAUUUUGAAGAAUUCUUAAUAAAGAAAUUGGAUGUACGCUGCCCGGGUCAACGGUUCUAUGGCUGGCAAAAAGUAGGCGAAGCGUUUCACAUAGACAAAGACGAUCUUCGAUACUUAAAGAUCGAAUACAAAAGGGACAAUGGAAGCCCCACCAGUAAGCUGUUCGAAAUGCUUGGAAAAACGCAGAAUAGAAAUGUAUCAGACCUCGUGGAAGUUUUACGGAGUCCUGAAAUAGCACGUCCUGACAUUGUCUCUGAGAUCAAACUUACUUAA